GACUAUACACCAAUCUACUCUGCGCGGUCUCAUCUUCAUAAUGACCGUCUAAUACUUCUAUUUGUCUAUCUCGUGCAAAGUGAUGUAUGUCACCACAGCAGAAAACCUAGCCAAGAAUGAAAAGUCGGCUCGACUUUGCUGCUGCAAAGACCUUUUCUUUUGAGAACUACCUCUUCUUUUCUCUUUUUCACCGGGGAAUUGAUUUUUUGCCUGAUUGCUAACAAAGUCGCCGUUGCGUCUUUUGCAUCUCCAGAUCGAAAGCCAUGCUUUGUGUCCUGUUCAAAGUGAUCUCUCGCAAAUCCACCGUAGUAUACUGGCGCCCUCCUAUACCUAUCCCAUAAACCAUCCGACAUUCCUUGACGGUCUACGUUUGACGAUCAUCCUCCGCUUCAUCGAUUUCCCUCCUUUUAUUUUUUUCCAAUUCAUUCCUUCGAUCUAGGCUCGAUUGCUUUGGGCGCCAUGUCCGAUUCAGUCGAGCCAGAAUGGUCAAAUGCCUUCUUGGCCGGUCGCAAUCUCUCGUCGCUCCCGUGCAAGUCUCACUACCUCCCCGGGGACACUCCUCCCGUCGCUUUUCCCCACAACAAUGCUCCCCUCAAUCCGCCCGCCGCCGAUCGGGCUCAAAGCCCGGCUAUCGAACGCCUUGUCACGCUCAAGCAGGAAUUGAGAAUUUUGGACUCGGAUACGUUCUGGGCCCGGUUACUGGAAAACAUCACCUCGAUCUGCAAUGCACAGUAUGGUUUCGUGGCUCGGAGGGUCCUUGAUGAGGAGCCCGUGGGUGAAAUGGGAGGAUGUCGACCCUGUCUAUUUGGCACCGCUUUCUAUUACAACGAUGGCUUCCAGAACGUCGGCAUGCAUCGAGAUCGAUAUUUCACCGGGGGUAACCCGUUGUCUCACAUGGACCACGAGAAACCCUGUCUAGUACCCGAGAACCUUGGAUCUUUCACAUCGUUUGGGCCGGAUAAACUCCCUUUUCCAGCAGAAGGUUAUUUGGCUGUUCCGCUCUUUUUGGAAAGCAGAUGUCUUGCCUAUCUAGGUCUGAUGUGGUCCGAGUCCGGCUUGCGCAAACGAAAUCUCUCCUGGUCAUUUCUGGAAAUGAUCUUAUAUUCUCUAGAGGACCUGGUCGUCCAGCGGAUUCGUGUGGAUGCAAAACGCGCGCUCAAGGCACGACAAAGAAGCGCUUCUAUUACUCAGAAAAGUGUUGACGAUGCCCAUGCCACCCUCCUGCAUGGCCUGCCUGAGUUUUCGACGCAACCUUUCCAGCCUUAUGCUCGAAGCUUGUCUCACGAGCUUCGGACCCCAAUGCAGGGUGUCGUCGGAAUGCUCGAUGUUAUGCACGCCACUGUACGAGAGGCCAUCGAAGGCAAGCCUUCGACCAAGACAGGAAAUGUCUUUCAGUCUCUCAAAGAAAGCAUCGAAAUGGUCCAAGAUAGUGCACGACGAGCGGUUGAAGCCGCCGACAAUGUUGUCCAUGCCUACGAUCUCAACAUGCAAGUUCCGAAAACCCCGCAGGUCGAACGGGAGAACCCUAUGCAAUCGCCUGUAACCAACUUUGAGACACGUCCGAACAUCUUCAUCGAAGGAAGCAACAUCACAGUGAACCCAUACAAACGACGACGUAGUAACCCGGCAGAAUGGUCUAGUGGGCCCCCACCGAAACACAAGACCAUCCGGGUGUCUUCGCGAAAGGAUCUUUCUCCCCGGAGCGAAGAGGUCAAAAAUGCCGUCCAUGAGAGUGAAAAGAUCAUCCACGCCACUCCUGCACGCCAAAUCGAGGCAGUCAUGGCCAAUAUGGUUGACCCGCGUCCUUCGCUUGCAGUCAGACGCUCGGCCCCUCACCUUCUCCUGGAGGGUAUCAACAUCAACCUCAAGGGCCCUGCAUUAAGAUUCACCAAGCUUCGCGACCUACUACGUCUGGUGAUCAACGAGUCCCUUCACGUCGGUGGCCGGCCUGACUUUGCAGUUAGUGAAGGCACCGAGCUAGGAGAAAAGAUCGAAGUCCGGUCGCGUUCCUCCAAUGGACAAGUUCAUUCCAAGACAAUUAAUUGGUCCGUGGAUGCUGCGCUGCCGGAGACUCUUCUCGUUGACGACCGGGAUCUCGCAAAGCUGAUUUCCUGUGUCUUCCUGAAUGCAAUCAAGUUUACCAACACCGGUACUAUCACUGUCUCUGCCACCGUCGGUCGCAAAGCAAACGAUGUCCUGGUCUCCGUUCGAGACACUGGCCCGGGAAUUCCUGAAGCGUUCUUGCCCAAGCUUUUCAAGCCUUUCGCUCGGGAGGAUGCAUCAACUACACGAAGUAAAGACGGGCUUGGGCUGGGUCUUUUGGUUGCAAAAGGUCUUGCCAGAAAAAUGGGAGGUGAUCUCAUCUGUGUUCGUUCAAAGACUUCUGGCCCUGACCACGGCUCGGAAUUCGAAAUCAGAGUACCCGUCAAUCAGCCUGACAGCAACAGACCCAUCUCUCCUGCUGAGAGAAUCCUCACCCCUCCGACUUUCUGCGACCCAUCGCGGUUGAGUAGUGCGAGCAACAGCAUUCUUGAACCCUCCUUCCUAUCACCUUCUACUCGUCUUCAAAACCAACCAAUCCAACAACCGUCGCCCAGUCUCACGGAUGACUCUACCUCACAGGCAUCCACGCCAGCUCGCCCCUUGCCCGGCUCAUCCAAGGUCGGUCGAUCAUCAAUCAACGGGCAUGCCUAUGACAGCAAACUUGGGACUAAGUGUCCGCUCACUUUCCUCGUUGCUGAAGACAACAAGAUAAACCGACGGGUGUUGGUGAAUAUGUUGAAGAAACUCGGCUACCACGACGUCUACGAAGCUUGCAACGGCAAAGAAGCCGUGCAAAUAAUGGAGGACAUUGUGACGUUGCACCGUACAGACAUACCGGAUGGCGAAGACAGCCCAGAUGGCACCCCUGUCCCCGAGCCUCGCAAACACCGCAAGAAGCUAAAACCCGUCGAUAUUGUCCUGAUGGACCUCUGGAUGCCAGAGAUGGACGGGUACGAGGCUACAUCCCGAAUCCUGCAGCUAAUAGAUGAAUACCACGGUCAGAUUCCCCCUGAUCCAUCUGGUAUCUCACAUCGGGGAAUCCGACGUCCGUCUCUCACCCCCAACUCAACGGAGAUGACGGACGUCGUCCCUUCUCCCCGUCCACUGCCCUCUCCCACUGUCCUUGCCGUUAGCGCAGAUGUCACGGACGAAGCGCUCGGACGUGCAUCCAAAGUGGGAAUUAAGGGCUACAUGACCAAGCCGUACAAGCUAUCCGACCUUGAACGUCUGAUCAUUGGAUUCUGCGGUGACACAACGGGUCAGACACCCGAUCCGAUGAAUAUAUCAUGAACAUCAUAUACCUUUUUGCCACAUCUGCAACGUCUUCUUUUUUUUCCUCCCCCUUCUAUCUCUUUCUACUCAAACCCCCUUUUUAUCUUAUUUUCUUUUUUUCUCUUUUUUUUUC